AUGAGUACUUUAGAACCUGCUACUACUGCUAAAGUGGUUCUUAUAACGACAAAAGGGCCUAUUGAGAUCGAAAUAUGGGCCAAGGAAGUACCUAAUAUUAGCAGAGUGUUUAUUCAAAAUUGUCUAGAUAGAAAAUAUAUCGGUACAACAUUCAAUAAGGUGAUAAAGGAUUACCUAGUACAAACAAGUAAAAUCAAGGAAGCAGAAGGUUUGCAACUAAAAGAUGAAUUCCAUUCAAGAUUGAGGUUUAAUAAGAGGGGUUUGGUAGGUGCUGUGCAUGAUGAUAAACGAAAUUCGAAUAAUGUUGAUUCGAUAUUUAUAACCAUGAAGACUACUCCAGAGUUCAAUAAUAAUUAUGUGUUAUUCGGUAAGAUAAUGGGAGACUCAAUCUACAACGUAGUAAAGAUUAAUGAAAGUGAGCUUGAAUCAGAAGAGACUCCAAUGUAUCCAGCUGAAAUAACUGAUAUUAAGGUCUUAGUGCAAUAUUUUGAUGACCUUGUUGAGUCAAGGGAGCAAAUUACAGAACCAGCAAAAAAAAAAGCAAAGAAGGCAAAGAAACCUCGGGUUAAACUAGAUUAUGCCUUAGAAGAUGAAGAUGAUACGGGGUUCAAGAUGAAAUCAGCUCAUGAUUUGCUUUCAGAUUCAAAAUUGUCUAAUAAAUUGUAUUCUAAUAAAAAGCUCACAGAAGUCAUCAGUGAGAACCAUAUAGAAAAGGCAGCUGAAAAUAAUGUAGAAAUCAAAGAAAUAGAUUCUGGUCACCCAAAUUUUGAGCAAACUGACAAGUCUGAUACUUUAGACAAUGAGAUGAAGGUUACUUCAUCCGAUAACAUGAAUGAUGAGAUUGAACACAAACGAGAUGAGCCUCUUCCUAAAGCUAAAUUGAAUAGAAAUCCGAAUAUUGAUUCUGAUUAUGAUUCUGAUUUAGACCUAUCAUCUUCCGAGUCAAUCGACCUAUCUGCAUUUAAGCAAAGUUAG